AUGGCUCCCCCGGACGCGACACAGAAGCCAUUCAACGCCUAUAGAAUGUCGGCGGCUCUGAAGAACAUCUACUACAGGCUCACUCCGUCGUCGUCUAGUGUGUCAGUCGCUACACAGAAGAACCCGGGCGAGUUUUCCAAAGCGCGGACCACCGACGCGUUAUUCCCCACCACCGACCCCGCCGUCGACGGAGAAGACUGUCUGCACGACUGCGCGAGCUGCACAAUCAAAUACCCGAGCAAGUUCUCGAUCGACGAGACAGAGGAGCUGUAUGGCCACGUGAAGGGCUGGAGCACGCAUUUGGUCGUAGCCACCGGGAAGACGGACUGGGUGCGCGAUGUCGCGGACGAGAAGGGGAGCAUCAUGGAGGCGGUGGACAAGGGCCACGUGAAGCCGAGCAACGGGAAACUCAUGCUUUCGGCCUCCAACAUUCCCGUCCCCGAGCAUUCAGACCACAGCACCACGGUGCUCCUCCUUCCUUCGUUCCAGUUCAUCGACAACGUCACGCCCGAAAACACGCCCGAGCUCAUCACCGGCUUCGUGAACAAGGGGCCGACAAACACGUCGCCCCUUCGGCGCGCUUCCAAACGUACGCCUUCGCCGGAACAACUUUCCCGACAGAAUGCCGAACCCUCCUCCGCCGACGCCGCACCUGCAAUACCGCCCACAGUGUCCACGUCGAACCUCAAGGCUCGACCGUGUCCACACAAAUAUCUCAUCCUAAUGUGCAGUCAAAAGACCCGCGACGCGCGCUGCGGCCAGUCCGCGCCCCUCCUCCGCCGCGAAUUCGAGCGACACUUAAGACCUCUAGGCCUGUAUCGCGAUCUGCACGACGAGCGGCCCGGCGGCGUAGGGAUAUACUUUAUAAGCCACGUCGGCGGGCACAAGUUCUCCGCGAACAUCAUGGUGUACCGCAAGGCAUCUGCCAUAGAGCGACCGAAGCAGCUCAACGGCCAUGCCGACGGGCUCGAAGAGACGCUUGAGAAGCUCAAAGUGGAGGACGACAAGGGCAAAGAGGUCGUCCUGGAUGUGAACAAAGCGCAGAAGGAGGAGGGCAACGGCGAGGCAGCGCAGUGCAUCUGGCUCGCCCGUGUCCGACCAGAGGACUGCGAAAACAUCAUCAGGUACACCGUCCUGCAAGGCAAGGUUGUGAAGCCGGCAUCCCAGCUGAGAGGAGGGUUCGACCGCUGCAAGCAAGUGGUGAGCUGGUGA